UAUUCGUUGUGAAAACUAAAAAAAAAUGUGAGGUUAUGUUACUCAAAAUAACUUGAAUAAACUGUGUAUAAGCAGCAAUUAAAAAUUAAUUAAUUAAUUAACACUUCAUAAAAGAAGUGUUUAUUUUAGUGAAUUUAACAAUUUAUAAUAUGACCGGAUUGAUGAUGGAUUAUGAGUUUAAAAUUAAAACACAAACGGAACGAGUUAAAGUGGAGGAUCUAUUUGAUUAUGAAGGUUGUAAAGUAGGACGGGGCACCUACGGUCACGUUUACAAGGGUCGACGAAAAGACGGCUCGGAUCCGAAAGAUUACGCCUUAAAACAAAUUGAAGGAACCGGACUCUCGAUGUCGGCUUGUAGAGAAAUCGCGUUGCUUCGGGAGUUAAAGCAUCCCAAUGUAAUAACAUUAAUUCGAGUUUUCCUGUCGCACAACGAUCGCAAAGUCUGGCUUAUGUUUGAUUUCGCCGAACAUGACCUUUGGCAUAUUAUUAAGUACCAUCGGGCGGCGAAGGCGAAUAAGAAGCCAGUCAUCGUACCGACUGGAAUGGUGAAAUCCCUUCUCUAUCAGAUAUUGGAUGGAAUUCACUAUUUACACUCGAACUGGGUGUUACAUCGCGAUUUGAAACCAGCUAACAUCUUGGUGAUGGGUGAAGGACCGGAAAGAGGUCGCGUUAAAAUCGCCGAUAUGGGUUUUGCAAGACUUUUUAAUGCCCCGUUAAAACCUUUAGCGGAUUUAGACCCGGUUGUAGUAACAUUUUGGUAUCGCGCCCCCGAAUUAUUAUUAGGGGCUAGGCAUUACACAAAAGCGAUCGAUAUAUGGGCUAUUGGAUGUAUUUUUGCUGAAUUAUUAACAUCCGAGCCGAUUUUUCAUUGUCGACAAGAAGAUAUUAAAACAAGUAAUCCAUACCAUCAUGAUCAAUUGGAUAGGAUAUUUAAUGUUAUGGGAUUUCCCCAUGAAAAAGAUUGGGAGGAUAUUAAAAGAAUGCCGGAACAUCCUACUUUAUCAAAAGACUUUAAAAAAAAUAAUUACGUAAAUUGUUCCUUAGUAAAAUAUAUGGAUCGUCAUAAAAUUAAACCAGAUUCAAAAGCCUUCCACCUCCUCCAAAAGCUCCUUUUAAUGGACCCCAAUAAACGAAUUACUUCAGAACAAGCAAUGCAAGAUCCGUACUUUCAAGAAGAUCCGAAGCCUACUCAAGACGUAUUUGCUGGUUGCACCAUUCCAUAUCCAAAACGUGAAUUUUUAACGGAUGAUGAUCAGGAGGAUAAGGCUGAAAGUAAACGUCAAGCGCAACAACAACAGCAACAAGCGCAACAGCAGCAACAACAACAAAACCAGCAACAAGCGCAACAACAACAACAGAAUCAGCAGCAACAACAACAAAACGUCAACGUGAAUCAAGAUCAUGGAAAUCCCGCUAAAAGGGUUCGAUUAGGCCCACAUGCUGUUGAUGUUAAUCCUCAGGUGGUUCGAAUGUCACAACAACAACAGGAAUUUCAUCAACAGCAGAUGAUGUAUAAUAAUGGAAAUCAACAGCAACAAAAUUUUCAGCAAAGAUUUUAGUUACACUUAUGGUUAUUUUUUAUUAGAAUGUAAUCGUUAUUUAAAAGUAAUCAAUAAAUUUAUUUUAGGACUGA